AACACGCCCUUCAUUGCAACGUCUUUCUUACUCAACCAUCCUGGGUUUCAAAUAAAGCCUCAGACUUGCAAACUGCAAUUUUACAUUCCUGAUUAUCGCGUGCUGCCAUUUCAAAAAAAGGACCCCGCAGAUGGGAUUGGGAUAGAAGCAAAGCAUCAGACCAUAAAAGAGACGGCGUGCACAUUCAAAAGAACGGUCUACUCCAAACCUCAAAAAAAGGGUACAUAUAAUUACCUCAUCCAGUAUCACGAUCAGGGAAAUACGCGCCAUGUCGUCACAUCCUUCGCCGAGCCUCGGCCAGCAGCCGUUGAAGUCGGCGCUCAAGACGGAUGAUGAAGCGGCGGAACGGUCGCCCGCUGUCAAAGCCGUGCAAAUUGCCGAACCAGAGAUGACGACUAUAGAAACGGCGCAACAGGCGCCAGGGUCGCCCGAGGAUGGGUUCAGGAAGCAGUUCACGGCCGGUCUGGCUAAGAGAUUGAGCGGUCGUCUUCCCGCGGGCUCGUCCCGUUCUUCUCUAAUGAGCAACACCAGUGGAGAUGCGCCCAAUAGCACCGCUAGCUCUACCGACUCGACUCAACAGAUUCAGGAAGAGAAGCACCAUCGGCACAAUCACCAUUUUCACCUGCACCAUAGGAGUAACCCGGUAGAGCAUCAUCAUCAGCAGCAGCAGCAACAACAACAGCAGGGAGGACACGUGGAUAGCAGGCUUGUCAUGCAGGUUUUGCAGUGGAUUGGGCGGGAGAAGGAGAAGAAGGAAUCCAGGAGGAAGAAACGGAUGACUAGGCACCGCAAGUCCAAGUCCCCUCCUAAAACUGAUGAUGCUUCAGGGGCGCAGGCUUCUCCACCACGACCGAGGGCCGACUCGAUCGAUUCGGACGGAAGCGACGUGUCUCUGGAUCAACUACAAAAGAUUGUCGAUGAGGGCCUUGCCGCUAUGGGGAUAGAUCCUGCCACUGCUGCAUCCGCUACUAACCCGCCCCGAGUGAACCCCCGCCGCCGAUUGAGUAAACACAAAAGCCGCUCUUCGCUGCAGCUCUACCGCGCAGUAUCAUCGGACACGGACUACGUCGACGGCGACGUGCUGGUGCCCGCAUGUGACGCAGUGCUGGACAACUCCAAAACGCUGGGAUAUUCGGGCGGCAAGGCCACGUCGACCGAGGACCUGGCGGCCGCACAGAGCCGUCGCGAGGAGAAGGAGCGCCAGGCCUGGUCUACGUUCAAGGGCGAGAUCUUGCGGCUGGCGCAUACGCUCAAGCUCAAGGGCUGGCGCCGCGUGCCGCUCGAGUGCGGCGACGGUCUUGCGGUGGAGCGGCUGAGCGGCGCACUCACCAACGCCGUCUACGUCGUGUCUCCGCCGACCGAGAUCGUCAGCAACAUGAGCAUCGACGACGUGAGCAAAAAGCCCAAAAAGCCGCCACCAAAGCUGCUGCUUCGCAUCUACGGCCCGCAGGUGGAGCAGCUCAUCGACCGCGAAAAGGAACUGGGGGUGCUCAAGCGGCUGGCGCGCAAGAAGAUUGGCCCGCGCAUGCUGGGCACUUUCACCAACGGCCGGUUCGAGCAGUACCUUAACGCGACGACGCUGACAGCCGCCAACCUGCGCGAGCCCGAGACGUCCAAGAUGAUCGCCAAGCGCAUGAAGGAGCUACAUGUCGGCGUUGAACUGCUCGAGAGCGAGCUGGCCGCCGGGCCAAACGUCUGGGUGAACUGGGACAGCUGGCUAGAUGCUGUGGAGCGUACGGUGCUCGCUCUCGACAGGAAGGUGCUCGAGAGCCCGACCGAUGUGAAGGACUGGAGAAAGGGCGGAUUCGUCUGCGGUGUCGAGUGGCACGUCUUCAAGGGGCUUGUGGAGAGGUACCGGUCCCACCUGACCGAGCAUUAUGGGGGCGAGAAGAAGAUUCGGGAGAAGCUGGUGUUUGCGCACAACGAUACCCAAUACGGCAACAUUCUCCGCAUCCGUCCCGACGAUGAAAAGUCGCCACUGCUGCAGCCUGCCAACGAGCACAAGCAACUGGUGGUGAUAGACUUUGAGUACGCCGCGGCAAACACGCCAGGCCUCGAGUUCGCGAACCACUUCACCGAGUGGACGUACAACUACCACGACGCGGUGGCGCCUCACGCGUGCAACGCUCCGCUCUACCCAACGCUUGAACAGCAGCGGCGAUUCGUGCGGGCCUACUUCGAUCACAGCCACCCCCGCCGGCCUUCAUCAUCGUCGUCAUCAUCAUCCUUGGCCCAGACGCCCACGAUGAACCCCACGACCAGCACCUCGUCCAUCGUCGACUUCAUGCUCGACGCGCGCGUGCCACCCGGGGGCUGGAAGGAGGAGGAGACGCGGCGCGACGCCGAGUCGGACGCCCAGGUUCGCGCCCUGUUGGAGGAGACAAGGCUCUGGAGGCCCGCCAACAGCGCCCAGUGGGUGGCCUGGGGCAUCGUGCAGGCCAAGCUGCCGGCCGGCGUGGCGCGCGAGGUCGAGGCGGCCAGGAAGGUCGACGAGGCGAAAAAGGCAGAGGAGGCAAAGCUGAAUAAUGAUAAUAACGACGAGGAAGAAAAGCCAAAGACGGAAAAGGAGCAAGAGGCAGAGGCGGUCGCCGAGGCGGCGGCCAUCAACGAGGAGGAAGCGGACGCGGACGAGUUUGACUACCUGGGCUACGCGCGGGAGCGGGCCAUGUUCUUCCUGGGUGAUUGUGUCUUGAUGGGCUUGAUCAAGUUGGAGGACCUGCCCGAGGCAACUCGUGACAAGGUCAAGUUUGUGGAUUACUAAGAGGUAGAGUUAAGUGGUUAGUUUAUUCUUUUUGCAACUUGUCUAGGAAAUGUUUCAACUACACUCUAUAAUAGGCAUUAGCGAUGGAUUUCAUAUAUCCCCUCCCUCACAAGACGAAUUCAACUUGAUCUUGGCG